UCCCCAACCCCGAAGGCUCCCGCUCAUUAACCUUCUAAGCGACGGGCCAGAAUCACCCGCUACGGACUCGCCCAGGAGCUCUACAAAACCAAUAGAGCCAUGCUUGCCCAAAUCAUUGACGAUCUUGACCUUGAGCAGCUACCGACCACCCCCCCUCCAGAUGAUCUUUACAGGGCUUACUUGCGGAUCUUUGUCACACCCAACAUCAGUAAGGGCCUUCCUAGGUUGUGUGAUGUCAAACGUCUAUCAUACAAUCUUCUCCAUCACCUCGUCACCGAAGAGGACAUCCGUAAUCAACUACGGACCAGGAUAUUUGAUUCCGCUGGAUCUGAUGGUAUGCGCCUGCGCGACGUCAACCAUAUACCCACUCGACGUCUGGCUACCCUAUUCAACUUUACGUUGCUUACGGGAGCCUCUCCCUCCACCCUGCCGGUGUCAAUACCACCGAGUUCGCAUCGAGCAGCCGAACCGAUCGGUUGUGCGAUGUCCGAGAGCCAGCGCAGUGCCACGCCCAUCGGGCCGAAUGAACACGAACGAGUUCGGUCGAAUUCGUUCGUCAGUUGUGCAAGUGAAGCGAGUGUGAUGGAGUGCAGCUCCGAGUCCGGAAAACGCAAGAAAACUACUCCAUGGUGCGACGACGAGCCUGAGUGCCUUAGUGCCGCGGAAAACAAAAAAAUGAGACGCAGAGACAGCGGAGAGACGUGUCGAACUUAUGGUAAGUAUCCUGAAGAUACUAUGUCCGCUAAUGCGAGGCGUCUUUUUAAGAUUAUUCGGGAGUUGGUACCUUUGAAGGCGGAGACCAUUAAAGUUGCUGACCGACGGACAAUUCGGGAUACGGCGGACCAGCUGAUGGAGGAGCUCGUCCAAAUGGCAGGAGUUGUGAAGGAACUUCGCCAUACCAUCGAAAGGAAAGACGCGGAAGUGAAAGAGGUCAAGGAAAACUCCGCCAAAACUGUAAGUACACCUUGUUUUUCUUACGCGGAUAAGCUUAGAUCAGGGAAAAACGUAGUUAACAACAAUAGGGUCAGCGAAAAUUCAUUUCCGGUUAGAAUAGAAUCUAAAAAAGUAGGGAAAGAUGCCGAAUAUGUUAGGAAGGUUGUUAUGCGUUCGGUAGACCCGAUAAAAAAUAAUACCGCGGUCAAAAAUGUUACGGCCACGAAAUCUGGCGUGCUAGUGGUUGACUGUGCAAGGAAAGAAGACGCCGAAAAAAUUAAAAAGUCGUUGCUUAUCAAAGCAAAAGACGAUGUCGCGGUCAGGGAUAUCAAAAAACGGUGGCCGCGAGUAAGGAUAGACAGGGUAAACAAAGAUUUAAACGCGGAGGAUUUACAUGACAACUUGCUGUUUUUGAAUCGCGUAACAGUAGGAAUAGUUACAGCGCAAUCUUCGAAAUUAAUCCCGUAUUGAGACAGAAAAUGUUAGAUAGGCCAAUUUAUCUAAAUUGGCAGCGCGUUUUUAUUAGGGACCAUUUUUCAUUAUUACAGUGUUUCCAAUGUUACGAAU